CCAGCUGCUCAUCAGCCAGAGCCUGCAGACAACACAACUCAAACGCACAGAAACAUUAUCCUUCUUGAAGAAUCUUGAGGAUAUAUCGGUUCCGCAUUAUAUUUCAUUUAUAUUUAUCAAAUAUGUCGCCACAGCAAAAUGUUUACUAAAUGAAGACAAGGGUCCGUUUUGUCUCGCGAGGUGUUGAGCGCAGUAGUGACGGCCUGCUGAAGGUUUCUCUAUGUGUGCCGUUGUUUUGACGUUCAGCCUUCUUCAGAUUAUUAUAUAAUACGAUGGAAACAUUAGACGAUUUAAGAACUACACUUCAGCUUCAGCCCUAGACCGCUACUUACCGCAGAAGUAGUUGUUGUUUGUUAAACUGUAGCGCACGAGACAGAUAAACAAACAAACGCCAGUGCAUCAUAAUACUGUCAAUGCGAAUCAACUAGAUCGCAGCCAGAAAAUGUGGUGGAAACUGUUCUUUUUGCUCCUUUAUUUUCUUAUUUUAUUCAUCCUGGCUCGGUUUUUUGAGGCUGUUGUCUGGUAUGAGUCGGGGAUUUUCGCCACUCAGCUGGUGGAUCCGGUAACAUUGAGUUUCAAGAAACUCAAAACCAUCCUGGAGUGUCGUGGACUGGGAUACUCGGGCCUGGCAGAGAAGAGGGAUGUGCGGGAGUUGGUGCAAAACUCGGGGGAUCUUAUGCAAGGGGAGCUCUACUCUGCUCUCAAGAAUGAGAAGGAGCAAGUAGGAUCUGACUCCAGCACCACGUUCAGUGGAGAGAUGCACUUUUAUGAAUUGGUGGAGGACACCAAGGAUGGUAUCUGGUUAGUUCAGGUAAUAGCCCAAGAUAGGAAUCCACUGUUGAGCACUGCCAACUGGGGCAAAAUGGUACAGAAAGUAUCUCAGUUUGGCAUUCGAACAGGCACUUUCAACUGCUCAAGUGACUCGAGGUAUUGCCAUAAACGGGGCUGGAUGAAGUCCACUCUCAUCAUGUCUGUGCCGCAGACCUAUGCAUCCAAAGGGAAAGUUAUGUUGAAGGAGUAUAACGGCAGGCGCAUCGAGAUUGAGCACAUCUUUAAAUGGAUGACCGCGCUUGUGGCCUCUCGCAUCAAAACUAUCCAUUUCUCUGAGCAAUUAAUGGAUGACUGGUACCAGAUGGAAAAGCAACCAGUGAAGAUGUUCUUGUUUGCCAAAUUGCUUCAGCCCCCAGCCUUCUUCUCAGCACUCAGCAUCAAAUACACAGGGCGCAUAGAGUUCAUCUUUGUUGAUGUGCGCAACUGGGACAAUGCCACCUGCCUGGAGGCAAUUGGGGUGCGACAAAUGCCCUCAUAUAUCCUUAAAACACCAGAAGGUAUCUACAGAUAUGGAAAUAGCACUGGGGAAUUCAUUUCCUUGCAUGCCAUGGACACGUUUCUUCGCUCAGUGCAGCCGGAAGUCAAUGACUUGUUCAUUUUAAGUUUGGUCAUGGUCAAUCUAAUGGCUUGGAUGGACCUUUUCAUUACACAGGGAGCCACCAUAAAACGCUUUGUGGUUUUAAUCAGCACAUUAGGGACGUACAAUUCUUUACUCAUCAUCUCCUGGUUGCCCAUCCUCGGUUUCCUUCAGCUUCCAUACUUGGAUAGCUUCUAUGAGUACAGCUUGAAACUUCUGCGUUAUGCUGACACUACUACUAUUGCCUCAUGGGUCCGGGCCGACUGGACCUUCUAUUCUUCUCAUUCGGCUCUCUUUUUAAGCACUUAUCUAGCCCACGGCCUUCUCAUCGACUACUUUGAGAAGAAAAGGAGAUGCAGCAAUGAAGACCAAAACGCAAACAACCUAGAGUGGUUAUCAAGUCUCUGGGAUUGGUACACCAGCUACCUGGUGCAUCCCAUUGCCUCCUUCCAGAACUUUGAGUCCGAUUGGGAUGACGAUCCGAAUUUCAUUUUAGAGAGGUUGGCUUUUCCAGAUCUUUGGCUUCACCCACUUGUUCCAGUAGAUUACAUCAAGAACCUGCCCACGUGGAAGUUCAAACUUUCACAGCAUGAAAGGCCCACACAAGAUCAUGAUACACGAACAAAAACCAUGAUGAACCCAAGUGACGACUCUAGUGGUGACGAGAAAGCACAUCGGCACAGCUCUGAGGUACUUCAUAGUACUGAUGGGUAUUCAACUGCAAUGAAGUCAGAAGAAUCGUGGUCUGGUGACGAGGAACAAGACACGGAUUGGUCUCAGUGGCCUUGCGGCAUGCUCCACUGUACAGAGUGUGUCGUGUGUCUUGAGAAUUUUGAAAAUGAUUGCCUCAUCAUGGGACUGCCGUGUGGCCAUGUUUUUCACCAGCAGUGCAUCGUGGUCUGGCUAGCCGGUGGGCGGCACUGUUGCCCUGUGUGCCGUUGGCCAUCGUACAAGAAACGUCCAGUGAGACAACGUCAUGCAGCUGAGCAGCUCGAACCAGAAUAGCCCUUGUGUCAUUUGUUAACGAUUUGGUUUCUGCACUUAUUUAAAAAAGAAAACAACAAAAAACUUGUGUUCAUAUUUAGUCUUUAGAUUCAUAACAUUGGCUCAUGGGGUUUUGUUAGUGGUUUUUAACUUUCACAGUAAUUAAGAGUAAAUAAGAGUACAUUUAUUCUUCCCAAUUUUGUUAGAAUUUUUUUAACUUGAUUUGGAUCCUAUGCCUUGUACUUAUAUUUGAAAAACGAAUAGAUUUUAAAAGCUAAAUUAUGCAAAGGAUAAAAUUCAAUGCAUACUGUUGAAAUUCUUUUGUUGUAACACUCAUCAUACAUCCCAAUGAAAGAGAAAAAAUCCAUUACACCGUAUAUGUGUUCAGCGUGUCUCCAAUUUAUAAAUGUGAUUAAUAUGUUUAAAAUGGAGUUACCUUAUUAAGUCAUUGGGGCAUAGACUAUAUGAAAAACAAACCCUCUGGGCAUGUGGAUCUGAUAUUUAUUUGAAAAACAAAAAAUGUUUAUUGCUUUAACUUGAAUAAAAGUGCCCUGUGCAUUGUGCAUCGGCUUGGGCAUUGACAUGCAAUUGCUCAUGGCUCCAUCUGUAAUUUAAGUUAUUGUCUUGUUGGAGCAUGGCAAUUUUGUUAACUUUGAACAGCAUUUUGGCAUUAAAUUAACACAAUUAAAGACUACCCCUUUGACUUCUGCUAUUUGUCAGAGACCAAAGUUAAUUUGGAAGCUUAUACCUGUAAUGAUGUUCAAUCCAAUAAAGUCCAA